AUGACGCCGCUCAUUACUGAGAGCUGGAUCUGGUGGGCAAUUGUGAUCUUGGUGGCACUAAGCAGAUUUAUCUCACGGCGAAUGGUUUUUGGUUCCUUCAAAGGCUUUCAAUCGGAUGAUUAUGGAAUGGUGGCAGUACUGUGCUUCUACACUGUCUUUAUUGUCGCCAUCAACAUUGUGCGGGACAGUAGCAGUAAUUUACUUCCACCGGGUUUCGACAUGGACUCUCUCACACCGGAGGACAUUGCUCGACGCGCAUACGGAAGCAAGCUCGUCCUGGUGGUGGAACAAUGUCAAUGUGUAACGGUAUGGGGAGCAAAGUGCUGCCUGCUGAUUCUUUACUUGCGCUUGACAACGCUGCGAUGGGAGAACAUAGCCAUCAGAGUACUCCUCGGUUAUGUCGUCAUUUCCUUUGCCGUCAUGGAGAUUCUCUACUUUGGAGUCUGGUGCCGACCUUUCCACGACUACUGGGCGGUUCCAACACCGAACGUCCAAUGCAACGCAGCGACGAAUCACCUCAUUAUGAACACGACCUUCAAUUUGACUUCAGACGUCAUCAUGUUGGCUGUUGGUUUGCCCAUGUUCCUCCGCCUGAAUCUGCCAUGGCAGAAGAAGUAUCCUCUUAUAUUGGUGUUCUCCCUUGGAAUAUUUGUCAUUUUGGYCGCGAUUCUCAACAAGGUGUACUCCUUCACCCAGCCUUUCGGAUCGCUGUGGAGUUUCUGGUAUGUCAGGGAAAGCUCAACUGCUCUUUUGGUCGCCAACCUGCCAUUUGUCUGGAACUUCUGGAGGCGAGUGGGGGGAUUUAGCUCGGUUAUUGGAGGAACCAAGAAGGGAACGACGAGGGUAGCGACGGGACUAAAUGUCUCUCGUCAGCAGGCAAGCGCACCGAGGGGAUGUGAGAUGCCCGGGUUCAUUACAGAGUGGCCUCUGCAAGACGAAAAGGAUGGCAGCGAGCCUUUACAACGGGUGUCUUCGAAAGAAUCCGUCGACGAUCGCAAAGGGCACAGCUUAUCAUUCGAGGAAGCGCUGCGUGUCACGGACCGUCCUGGAUCACAUCAACGGGAUGCUACACAUACAGAGCCCCGUGCACACCUCACGCCACGCCGAGAUUCGAGCUCGGCAACUACAUACAGCGCCACCCCUGCUUCAUUGAACGGUCCCAGCUGGUCUGCGGGCUCAUUUGUGUGA